AGCGGUUUUGGCCCAAGGGGGUGGUUGGGGGCCAGGCCCCGCGCGCCGCCUCCACGCGCGCCAGCCAGAGGCCGCCCAGGGCCGCGGAGGCAUGGCGCAGGGCGUACGGAAGCGGAUGCGGCGCACGGCGCGUGCCCGCAAGCGGCAGAGGCAGGAGACCCAAGCAGCCGUGGCGCCCUCCAGCGUGACUGCAGCCUCCGCUGAGGCCAGGGCGGCUGGGGCCGACUCGGCGAGCGAGGCCGAGGAGAGUGAGGAGGAGGAGGAGGAGGAGCUACAGCUCGCGCUCGACGACGAUGGCCGCAUCGGUGUCCACGGCCCCUCGCCGCAGUACGCCUUCAGGGCCUUCCCGCGGCUGCUGGCUCCCAGCGCGGCGGAGCUGGAGGGGCUCCGCCGCGAUUGCCGCACGGCGUUCACCGCGAGAGCGACGGCGCAGGGCCAAAAGUAUUCAAGCGGCGACACGUUCUGGGUGCCGGCUGGCGCGCGGCCGGCCACAGUGUUGGAGCAGUUGGCCUUAGACAUCUUCCGCUUGCACACGGCAGGCUGCGACGAGGGCGAUCUCAACGGUAGCGGCGCGGAGUGGUGGACGCAGGUCAUCGACGCGGGCGACGACAUUGGGUGGCAUUACGAUAGGGAUUAUGCUUUGGAGGCCGACGCGGGUGUCAGCAUCCACCCGCACCUGGCCACGGUGACGUAUUUGUCGGAGCCUGGGGCCCCGACGGUGAUCGUCGAGCACACCGACCUGGGAGGCUCCGCGGCCAGCCGGAGCUCGGACGGACCCCGGGCUGCCCACCUGAGCCUGCCCACCGUUGGCAACCACGUAGCGUUCGACGGGCGCUGGCUGCACGGCGCGCCCGCCGAGCUGGCGGCCUUGCGGCCCCCGGGCGGCAGCGGCGCGGGGCCCUGCGGCACGCGCUACACGUUCCUGGUGAACGUGUGGCUGAACCACAAGCCCGUCACCGCGAGGGUCUUUCGGCCAGGCGGCGGGGCUGCGCUCGCGCGCGGUCCCGGGAUCGCGCUGGGCGCGGCGGCCAGCAGCGGGGCGGUGGCCAAGCUGCGGUGCACGGCGGGGGACGCGGAGGAGCAUUCGUGGGUGUUCCCGCCGGCCGAGGAGGAGGAGGCCGAGGAGGAGACGCCGCGGGAGAAGGACGAGGAGGUGGACGCUGGCGGGGGUGGCGGCGCGGCCAGCAGCGCGGAGGCGCCCCUGCGGUCGGGGCAGCAGCGGCUGUGGCUGACGCUGCCGUGCAAGGCCCUGCGCCGGGCGCUGGCUGGAUCGGCGGCGGGCGCGUGCUCUUCCUUCACCGUGGAGCUGGGCGCGGGCCAGGCGGCCGUGGAGUACUUUCGAGUGGACCCCGUCGGCGACGGCGAGGAGGUCGCAUUUGGCAAGGGCCUCGUUUGCCAGCCCUGCACGCGCUAGACGGGCGGCGGCGGCCCGCACGCGGACUCGAGAAGUAGUACGGCCCGUCGGUUGGACGGUGUGAAGCUUGGGGUGCGCCCGCGUCGUCGGUUGCAGAGCGGCCCCUCGGGCAUGACCAAGACGUCCCAAAGCAUUCCCGCUGCGCCAUGGCGCUGGGCGCUGGGCCGGGGAGGCCGCGGAGUAGCCAGGCGGCUCGGCCGUGCGCGCGCGCCUCGAUCCUGGCGCCACAAUUCCGCGUGGCAGAUGGGGGCGGGAGGGAAAGACGGACUGUGGGGCCCGCGUGACGACAUGAGACAAUUGCACCCUGG